AGCUGGGCCGAAAUGGGGUGGAGGUGGAGUCUCCCCUGUGCUGUUACAUUCUGAUGGCCUGCUCCACAUUUAGGGAAAUGGAAGACAUCAUUUAACCCUCGUGACACAUUCAAGUCUGAGUUCAACUAUACAAGAAGAGGUCUGUGAGGGUGUCCAUGAUGAACAUUGAGGACCUGACCACACCCUACUUCCGGGAUGAGGAUCUGUCCUGCUCUGUGGUGGAGCUGAAGUACAGAGGCAAUGCCAGUGAUCUGUUCAUCCUCCCUGAUGAGGGCAGGAUGCAGCAGGUGGAAGCCGGCUUGCAACCAGAGACCCUGAGGAAGUGGAAGGACUCUCUGAGGCCCAGGAUGAUUGAUGAUCUCUACAUGCCCAAGUUCUCCAUCUCCACUGACUACAGCCUGGAGAUAGACUUUCACAGCUGGGCAUCAGGGAGUCUUCUUUACAAUGGCUGACCUGUCUGAGAUCACAGGGGCCAAGGACCUGAGAGUCUC